CGUUUUGCUCUUUGGUCCGUUCAGACGUGAGUUGAGCGCGCGCGUUUUUCGUCGUCGUCCCGUCGUCGUCGUUGAUUUUUCGUGGUUUCUCUCGUCGCCCGUUAUUUAUUAUUAUUAUUAUGUGUGUGGUGGCAACAAAUAUCAAAAUAUGAAAGCUAUACAAUACAAUACAACAGCAACAACACAAGCAAGCAGUACAAACAGAAUGUACAUCAUAUGUAGCUUGCUUUAACUACUAACAAAACGCUCUUUGCUGCCUACUGUGUUUUUUUUCAUUUUUUUUUUGUUGCCCGUCGUUUUUUCUUGCGCAUGGUUCCAACAAACGCUGCAGCAGCAGCAGUAAAAAGCAACAACAACAAUAAUAAUUCAACAGCAACAACAACGUUAAUUGCAAAUAAAGAGCAGCUGCAACAACAACAGCAAAAGCAUAAACAGCAUUGACAACAACAACGACAACAAUCAUCAGUCAAAAUCUCUGGACGACGACAACAAAUCAAGUAAAACAAAAAAAAAAAAAUAAUAAAAAGUGUAAAAACCAAAACAACAGCAAGCAACCAUCAACUGGAAAAUCCAUCAACAACAAUUGUGUUCAAAAGCUAAUAAUAUAAUCAUAAUAAUAAUAAUCGUGCGUGUAAUUUGUGUGUGUUUGGUUAAAAUUGGUUUUGCUUCUCGUGAAAUGUUUGUUCCCAUGCAAAAUGUGCACAUCAGUACUUUGUAUUAAAACUAACAACAACAACCAUUUAAGUAAUAACCGCAAAAAGAUCAACAACAACAACAACAACAGUAAUAAACUCACGACCACAACAAUAACUUAAGAGGAAAUUAUAAAGUAGCUUUUUCGGCAUCUGGCGGCGGCAUUGACCAGCCAACAUCAAAUUUCUCUCUCUUUCCCUCUCCUGAGAGGCGCUCACAUUUCUUAGUGUGUGUGUGCCAGUGAGAGAGAGAACAAGAGCGUCCGCGAGCGAGAGCGAGAAAAGAAGAAAGUGUUGUGUUUGUUUUUGUUUUCGUUUUGGGCGCCCGCGCGCACACACACACACAAGCACGCACACGGAUAUACGCACAUGUGUGUGUGUGUGUAAUGGAUUUGCAUUGUUCUUGCAAUGAAACAGAUAUUAUUGUAAAGCAGAGUGCGCGAGUGUGUGUGUAAAUAAACGAAGUGAAAUGAAAUGAAAUGCGCAACGUCAUCAUUGUCAUAAAAAUUGCACCGAAAUUUAUUCACAUAUGAAGAAUAAUAACAAUAACAGCGGCAGCAGGAAUGUAACAACAACAACAACAACAGCAGCAACACCAAUAACAUAACAGUAACAGUAACAUAACAGCAACAUAACAUAGACAUACACAACAUUCAAAGCAAAAAUCCAACAAAAGACUUAAAAAGUGUGUUCAUUACUUUAAACAAAAACAAAACAAAAAAGCGAGAUCGAGGAAGGAUAAAAUACAUACAAUAUACACAUACAUAAAUGCGAAAAGCGGAUAAGUAAAAAAGUAUUUGAGAAAUCGAAGAGAAAUCCAAAAAAUAUAAUAUAUAUACAUCUAUAUAUAUAUAAAUUACAUACGCGAACAAACAAACAAAACAAAAUCAGUUACCAAAUUAACAACGACAAGAAAAAAAACCCCGAUUAACUGCUGCAACAACGUUAAUUUAAUUUGUAAUUUCAUUACCAAAUCAACAAAAAAAAAAAGAAAAGAAAAUAAAAACUAAACACAUUUACCAUUUAUGAUCAAAUAAAACGCAAUAAAUAUAGAAAUAUAGAGCUAUAUCUGGAUUAACUGGAUAUAUAAGUCAACAACAACAGCAGCCACAUGUAUAGAUUGGAGGAUACGAAUAGCGGCGCCGUUAUGGAUAAGAACAAACAGAAAUUAUCCGCUGGAUAUGGUUCCAGUGCGGGCGCCGUGGAAACAUCGCAGGGCAGCGGGAGCGGGGGCAGACAGCGACAUGCGCCGCUUUACGGUCGCUUUGUGGUCGAAGAGGAUCUGCCUGCCACGCAUCGUGAUGUCAUGCAUCAUCACUCUAGUCCUUCGUCUUCGUCGGAGGUGCGCGCCAUGCAAGCUCGCAUUCCCGCACACUUUCGAGAUCCGGCCCUGGCGCCAUUGCGCAAGCUCAGCGUCGAUCUGAUAAAGACCUACAAGCACAUCAACGAGGUUUAUUAUGCGAAGAAGAAGCGUCGUGCUCAGCAGACACAAGGCGAGGAUGAUUCGUCGAAUAAAAAGGAGCGUAAAUUAUAUAACGACGGCUAUGAUGACGAUAAUCACGAUUAUAUAAUCAAGAAUGGCGAAAAGUUUUUGGAUCGCUACGAGAUUGAUUCAUUGAUUGGCAAAGGCAGCUUUGGUCAGGUGGUCAAGGCCUACGAUCAUGAGGAGCAAUGCCAGGUGGCAAUCAAGAUAAUUAAAAAUAAGAAACCGUUCCUAAAUCAGGCACAAAUCGAAGUCAAGCUGCUCGAGAUGAUGAAUCGUGCGGAUGCUGAAAACAAAUACUAUAUCGUCAAGCUCAAGCGUCAUUUUAUGUGGCGCAAUCAUCUGUGCCUCGUCUUCGAGCUGCUGUCGUACAAUCUGUACGAUCUGCUAAGGAACACAAAUUUCCGUGGCGUAUCGCUGAACCUCACGCGCAAAUUUGCGCAGCAACUGUGCACGGCUCUUUUGUUCCUGAGCACCCCCGAACUGAACAUAAUACACUGUGAUCUGAAGCCCGAGAACAUAUUGCUCUGCAAUCCCAAGCGAUCGGCCAUCAAAAUUGUUGACUUUGGCAGUUCGUGUCAAUUGGGCCAGCGCAUCUAUCAGUACAUCCAGUCGCGCUUCUAUCGCUCCCCAGAAGUGUUGCUGGGCAUACAGUACGAUUUGGCGAUCGAUAUGUGGUCCCUUGGCUGCAUUCUGGUCGAGAUGCACACCGGUGAGCCGCUCUUCUCCGGCUGCAAUGAGUUCGAUCAGAUGAACAAGAUCGUCGAGGUGCUCGGCAUGCCGCCCAAAUAUCUGCUGGAUCAGGCGCACAAGACGCGCAAAUUCUUUGACAAAAUUGUCACCGACGGCUCCUAUGUGCUAAAGAAAACGCUCAAUGGUCGCAAAUAUAAGCCGCCCGGUUCCCGCAAGCUCCACGACAUCCUUGGCGUGGAGACGGGCGGACCGUCGGGUCGAAGAUUGGAUGAGCCGGGGCAUUCGGUGGCGGAUUAUUUGAAGUUUAAGGAUCUGAUAUUGCGCAUGCUGGACUUUGAUCCAAAGACGCGAGUCACACCAUAUUAUGCCUUGCAACACAACUUCUUCAAGCGCACCACGGACGAGGCGACAAACACGAGCGGAGCGGGCGCCAAUGCAGCGAAUGCGGGCGCCGGCGGCAGCGGAUCAUCAUCUGGCGGUGGAGGCGGAGGUGCAACUGGAGGAGGCAGCGGAUCAGGUGGUGGAAUUGGAGGCGGAGGAGGAGGAGGCGGGGCAGCGAGUGCAAGUGGCGGAUCAACGUCGAGUGCUGUCCUCGGAGGAGGUCUUGGCGCCAGCAGCAGUAGCAGCAGCAGCGUUGUCUCUUCCAGCGUCGCAGCUGGCGUCGGCGGCGCAGCAAGCAGCGCAGCCAACGCAACGGCACAGCAGCAGCAACAACAACAACAGUUGAUGUCCAGCAGCGGCAGCGGCGCCGCCUUGGAUCCCCAAUGUCUAGGUCUGUUGCUGCAUCACACAAACAACAACAACACAACGACGGCGAAUGCCAUGAACUUUUCGGCUCUCAGUCUGCAGGCGCAGCCAACGACGACGGCGGCAGCAGCAGCAGCAGCAACAAGCAUCAUCCACCACAACAACAAUAACAACAACAGUCUGAAUAGCUUAAAUCAUAGCAGCAACAACAACAACAGCCGGCGAAAUAUGUACAUGAACAACAGUUAUCCGCAUGCCAUGGACUGCGAUCCACCGCAUGCUCAGCAAAUGCCGCCGCCGCCGCUGCCGCCAGCUUCGGCUGCGGCAAUGGCAGCGGCAGCGCUGCGACUUGGCCAGCCGCCAUUCGGACGCAUGCGCGGCGUUGGCGUUGGCGUCGGCGUUGGCGCACAUCAAAACUUUAGCACGAUCAAGCAUAAUGGAGCAGCGCCGUUGCUGCUGCCAUCGCUGCCACCACCCGCCGCCCAUCAACAGCAUCAACAGUUGCAGUCGCAGUCGCUGCCGCAGCCGCAGCAGCAUCACAGCUAUGCGCCGGCAUCGCUGCCGCUCGAUCUGAUGCAUCACUAUGGCAACAUGUCGGCAGCGGCGUCACACCUCAUGAUGACCGAUUCGAGUGUGAUUAGCGCCUCGGCUGCCGGCGGUAUUCCGGCUGGCUCGGGUCCCGCUUCCUAUACGGCGCUGCUCUAUCAUCCGCAGCCGCAGCUGGCACCGCUGCCGCUGCCACUGCCAACCUCGGCGUCGGCCUCGUCGCCAGCAUCGCUGCCCGCGUCGGCAGCUACGCCGAGCAGCAGCAGUCUCGGCACUUCAGUCGGCAGCGGCGUCACCGGCGCCAGCAGCGACGCGUCAUCGUCGUCGCCCAUGGUGGGCGUAUGUGUUCAACAAAAUCCUGUAGUUAUACAUUAGCGUUACCUGCCUGCCGUCUCUACUAUAUACUAUGCAUAAUUUAAUUAUUUUAUUUUAUUGCAAUUUUUUUUCCCCUGUUUUUAUUUUCCGUUUUCUUAAUGGUGUACUGUCGAUCGCAAAACGAAAGCAGCACACGCACACACACACACACACACACAUAUACAUUCAUGUGAGCUUUGUGUGCGUGUGUUUAGCUCUUGCGUUCUCGUCAGCCAUGAUACAAUUAUAGAAGGUAGUCUCGUCGGAAAAAGCUUUCGUCAGUACGCAUUCGUUUUUCGACGCAAGAGGUUGUCUGCGGACGAUUAACCCUUGUGCAGAAUGACAUUUUGCAAUGUAUGCCGUAGACAAUGAUAGAAUUAAAACAUUUAGAGAAUUAGAGAAUUCUCAUAUAUAUUAUUAAUAUUGUUCAUAAACAAUUUACACUUUUUGAAAAUAUGUCAAGGAGACAUUAAUAUCAACUUCAAAAUAUGUAAAUAUUAAUAUCAUCGUCUAAGGGUUAAUGCGCAUUUCAUUGUCGUCGCGCUCACACUGCUGUGCUGAGACUCUUUCACUCGCACUCAUUGUUAUGUUUAAAGACGGACAUCUUUUUCCGACGAGACUACCUUGUAUAAUUGUAUCAUGCUCGUCAGCAAACACUGCUAUUUAUUGCACAUCCAUACACACCCACACAAACACGCAUUACACACACACACACGUACAGAUCUAGCUAGCAAAAAUUUACACAGUCACUCAUACACACACGCAUAAGCAUCGGUUUAUUUAAGUCACACUCAUAAUGCAGCCGUCUCGCUCGCACUCACAGCCACACACGACGUGCAUCGCGCUCAAGUUUUUUUUUUUUUUAUUUUUACCUAGUUUUAAUGAACGUAAAGUUAUGCUGUAAGUGUAAUAUUAACGAUCUACUUUUACUUACUACUAAAUCAAAAGUAAAUUUUAUUUAAUUUUUAAUUUAAAUUAUGUAAUUUUAUUUGAA